AUGAGUUGCGUUUUUGCAUUCCUACUAGCAACCAGCGGGCACAUGAUUAUCACGGGCUUCACCGCCAGCGAUAAUCACUAUGGACAAUAUCAGAUUCAAAAUAGAUACUAUUUCCCCGAACCAAAAUCGAACGAAGAUGUCUAUCUAUUCACCCAGAAAAUAAUCUCAUCAGGCACAAACUAUGCCAUGUACUGCUCACCUCUGAAACGGAUGAGUCAGAUAGUGGAAAAUAUUGAGGGACUGGUACCUGUAGAUAGUCAUAUUGAACCCCAAACCCCUAAAUAUACAAUGGCGAAGCGAGAUUGUCUACAAAAAAUCCAAUCAUCAUCUCAUCAAGUUCCGUUAUCAAAAUUACUUCAGGGCGAAAGGAAAGAUAAAGUAUGCACAAGUAACGUCAUAUUCAGUCUAGUAUUUUUCCAGCAAAUAAAAAUGACCGGGAAUUUUAAUUGUUUUCUUCCGCCUAUGAGAGUAAUAAAUGUACCCAUUGUCAAGGCGGAUAUUUCUAUGAAUUUGAGAGAUAUAGUACCCAGCGAAAGUAUGUUAUUUGCUGCAUCCGGGAAAAAUAUUGAUUUAGCACUCAUUUGGCAUCAUGGACAUCUAAUUUUAUUAGAAGGCUCGACAAAGCGAGAUAAAAUUAUAUGGAAACCUCGAACCCGUAUCAAUGACAAGCUACAGACCGCUAAAUAUAUAACCGAAUUCAUGACCAACAAUUUUCCCGGGGUGAAAUCUAUCAAGACAAAAAUUACCUCCAUGUACUUGCACGUAACCUAUCUAGAUUUUUUAAAGAGAUUGAAUAGUGAAGUUUAUGAAUCAAAGUUUGAAAAUCCAUACAAACAUUUCGUUCAGUACUCCCGCGGAUCGCUGGAAGAAAAAUUGUUUGAAGUGACCCCAAAAGGCUAUUUAUGUGGUCAAAAUUUGCACACACAUUAA